UCGUGCUCGGCCAGGGCACUAUCUAAUUCUCCUCUGACGCCUCUAGCUUCUUGUCUUGGGGUCAGUUUCCCUAAAAAAACCCUCCCAGGAUCCACCAGGGUGGUUUUAUUUGCAUAUACACAUGCAUAUGCAUUUGUCCUGGUCAUAGCCGAGGUUACUCCUGCUGAAUGAGGUAGUUAUAAAGGACAAUAGGGCUAUCUAGGUGUGGGCAGCUUCUUUUCACAUUUCAAUUAGGUAAGGAAAAGUUGCCAGGCAACUUUCCUUCAGGGCAGCUCUCCCUACUCAGAUUGGCUGGGGUGUGGGGGGUUACUCUAGCCAGGAGAGGGUCAGUUGUGGAGUGGUUUUUUUUGGUUUUUUUUUUUUUUUUUCCUAACAGAGCGAGGAGUGGGGCUGGCGGUGGCGGUAUGGCCGCCCGCACGGGCCAGGCCCGCAGGCGGCUGAAGUCGCUGCGGACUGUGGUGGCAUGGAGGGGCCGGGCGGAGUGGGACCAGGUGAUGGUGGGGUUGUACUGCGGGGACAGCCGGCUGCAGCAGGACGCACUGGAUCGCGUCUCGGCAUGGAAGAGCCGGUACGGGCCGCGGGUACGGUCCAAAAUGCCUCUUGCAGUGGACUGCACAGCAGAACUGAUUUGCUGUAAGGUCCUCGAUUCAUCUGGCAGACUGAAGUUACAUGAGCUCAUCCUCUCUUAUGGGCUGGCUCUUUUAAGAUUUGUCAACUUGAUCACAGAAAGGAAACAGAAGAUGGUCAGCAUUCCUCUGAGACAAUUAGCUAGAGGUAACUAUUUAAUAAGAGUGGACAUCCCUGUGUGGAUUGUGGACCUCUGUCAUGAGCUACACGCGAAGCUGCCAUGGCUGGCUCCGUACCGCAAGGGGAAGAAAAGACAACAGUGUAACAAGCAGGUGUCUGUAAAGGAGCUGUUCCUCCAUAAAGUUCCUUUGAAGUGGAUAAGACUGACUGAAAGUUGCUUGCAAGCUCCCUGCUGGGCAACUCCACAUCUUCAGCUGAUCCUCACAAUCAUGAAACCUUGCUUGCCAUGUUCUUCUUGGAAAAACCUUCUCUAUCUUGCUUCCAUUUACACAGAAGGAGGUACCCCUUUGUCCAGUCCAGGCCUCUCUUCAGAUGGCAGUGAACAGCCAAUUUAUACUAUGGAGAGCUUACAGUGGAGACCCAGGCAAGAAAAUCAGGUUAAAAAUCAAGGGCAGACUGUAGAGAAACAAGAUGUACCAGAGAGAGACAAUGGUGUAGAGGAAGAGGAGGAAGAAAUGAUGACUGAAAAAAAUCCUUUGGAAGGACUUGCUCAUUCUGGUACCAUGAUGGAUAUUGCUGAGAAAAGGGCAGCAUUGCAAGGGUCUGCCUGGCAGAUCACUGCAGAUGAAGUAUGAUGGAAAGACUUUCCUCUUAGGAAACUCCCAGGUCAGACAGAUGACCCUGAUGGUCUCAUGUUGGAUAAUUAUUCUAUGAUGUCCUUGCUUGAUCAGCUAGUGAGGGAUGAGUGGAAGUCUCUCAAUACAAACUCUGCAGAAUUGAAUAUUCCCUUGACAGGAGGGUUAUUAUGGACCAAGAAUGACUUCCAUAAAAUAAAAAGUGGCCUUCAACUUUUCUGA